GCUUUUAUAACUUGGAACUAAAGAAUGGUCAGUCUAACGUUCUUCAGUUCGGCCUCAUCUUUAUCCUCUUCUCCAUCAAAAAUUGUCAAGUCUAGUUUAGACUUCGAGUUGAAGAAACUUGGUGGCUGCACAAAACUGGUCCGCAAUGUGAAUUUGGAGAAACUAAAGAACAACUAUUUGUUUCCCGAAAUAAGCAGACGUGAGCUUGAGCACGUUAAAAAGCAUCCAAAUGUACAAUUAAUAAGCCUUGGGACUGGUGAUACAACAGAGCCUAUACCGAAGCAGAUCACCUCAGACAUGUCUAACUUUGCACAUGCCCUAUCAACUGUGGAAGGAUAUAGAGGGUAUGGCCUGGAACAAGGUGACAAGGUUCUUAGGAAAGCUAUUGCUGAUACGUUCUAUGGACAUUUGCACGUGAAAAGCAAUGAAGUAUUUGUAUCAGAUGGUGCACAAAGCGAUAUUUCUCGUAUUCAGCUACUCCUAGGUUCCGGUGUCACAAUUGCUGUGCAAGAUCCUACCUUCCCAGCUUACAUAGAUUCAAGUGUGAUUAUUGGCCAGACUGGUAAUUUCCAUGAAGCAACCAAGAAGUACCAAAACGUUGUCUAUAUGCCUUGUGGACCUCAAAAUAGUUUUUUCCCUGAUCUAUCAAAGACUCCAAGAACUGAUGUCAUCUUCUUUUGUUCUCCUAAUAAUCCUACUGGUUAUGUGGCUUCAAAAAAACAACUACAUCAACUAGUUGAGUUUGCAAAGACCAAUGGUUCUAUUAUUAUUUUUGACUCUGCAUAUGCUGCAUUUAUCGAAGAUGGCAGCCCACGUUCAAUAUAUGAAAUCCCUGGUGCUCGAGAGGUUGCAAUUGAAAUUUCAUCAUUCUCUAAGUUUGCUGGUUUCACUGGUGUUCGGCUUGGUUGGACUAUCAUCCCUGAUGAGCUCUUGUACUCUAAUGGUUUUCCCAUUAUAAAUGAUUUCCAUCGCAUUGUGACAACUUCCUUCAAUGGAGCUUCAAAUAUCGCUCAGGCGGGUGGAUUAGCAUGCCUUUCUCCUGUUGGACUUAAGGAGAUACGCUCGGUGAUCAAUUACUACAAAGAGAACAGAAAGAUACUAAUGGAGACUCUGGCAUCGCUCGGCCUCACGGUUUAUGGUGGCAUAAAUGCUCCAUACUUGUGGGUUCACUUUAAAGGAUCAAAAUCAUGGGAUGUGUUUGCUGAGAUUCUUGAAAAGACUCACAUAAUUACAGUCCCUGGCUCAGGUUUUGGACCUGGUGGAGAAGAAUAUUUAAGGAUCAGUGGGUUUGGACGUAGAGACGAUAUGGUUGAAGCAUCGAGGAGGUUGCGAAGUUUCUUCAACACUCGAACCAAGCAUUUUCCUUUUCUCUCUUCCGCUUCUAAUACAAACUAAGUUGAACGCAUCUCGGGACUUAUAUUUACCUUGCCUUGAAUAAUACCUCCCACCUCCCACUUGUAUGAUGCAUAUAAAUAAAAGCUAUGGGACCAUGUUUAACUUUUAUUC